GGGAGGGGAAGGGAGGGGAGGGCGAGAGGAGAGGGGGGCAGACAAAUUAGACGGACUGACAGGCGCAGACAGGAGGAAUAUGGAGAGGACAUGAUUCAGUAAAAUCUGACUACCAGGCUCGCACGCAGCAGGAGAACGACAUCAGCAGCGAGUUCAGCGACUAUAGCAACGCUGAUCGAGCUCAAGCAGAUGUGGAUGUGGAUCAAUUUGCCAACUCUUUGUUGUAUAUAGUUUGCUUUGGUGGAUUUGGUUGGUUGGUUGGUUGGUUGGGAGUUUGAAGCGAGGGAGAGGAGGGAGAGAGAGAGAGUGAGGGAGGGAGGGAGGGAGAGGGAGAGGAGAGCGAAGAGGGAGGGAGAGAUAUUUAGAAGGCGGAGAACGGCGGCUCGGGAGAGAAGAGGUGGUGACGCGGGCUUGGAUGCGAUAGGAGAGUCAGAGCGGCCAUGGAUUCGCCGCUCCCUAUUGGGGCAGGUUCUGGAGGAUUCAAAGCGCUCAAGCUUUUGACUGUGAAGCCCACCGAUCCUUUUCCGGAAGGCGUUACGGGUGUUCAGCAUGGUGUCCUCGAAAAUGGUCUGCAUUACUAUGUUCGCCGCAACCCCAAGCCUCGCCUGAGGGCAGCUCUUGCUCUGGGCGUCAGAGUCGGCUCUGUGUUGGAGGAGGAGGAGGAGCGAGGUGUCGCACACAUUUUAGAACAUCUAGCAUUCAGCGCUACUAAGCAGUACACAAAUCACGAUAUAGUUAGGUUUCUGGAAAGCGUAGGAGCAGAAUUCGGUGCUUGUCAAAAUGCGUCAACUUCUCCCGAUGAGACAAUCUAUGACCUAUUUGUUCCAAUCGAUAAACCUGAAUUGCUAUCCCAGGCCAUAUCUAUUCUCGCCGAGUUCUCUACAGAAAUUCGUGCUUCUGAAGAAGAUCUGGAAAAGGAAAGAGGAGCUGUUCUUGAGGAACUACGCAUUGGUCGCAAUGCCUUGGGGCGAAUGCAAGAAGCGCAUUGGUUGUUGAUGAUGAAAGGAUCUCAGUAUGCCGAUCGUCAGCCAAUUGGAUUGGAAAGUGUCGUCAGAAACGUAUCGGCCAAAACCGUUCAAGAAUUUUAUCAACGGUGGUAUCGACUGAACCACAUGGCCAUUGUUGCUGUCGGUGACUUUCCAGACACCGAUGCUGUUGUCAAUCUUAUCAAAACUCACUUCGGACACAAGCGUAGUCCCGUUACAGAAGGCCCUCCCAGGGAGAUUCCCCUUCUUCCUGUACCUCCUCACGAGGAACCCCGAUUCUCAUGUUUUGCAGAAGCAGAAGCUGGUGGGUCUGCAGUGACUAUCAGCUGCAAAAUUCCUGCGUCAGAUGUUUCAACUAUAGCCGACUACCGGUAUAUGCUAGCAGAAGGGAUGUUCCACAAUGCUCUUACUCAACGAUUCUUUAAGAUUUCACGCAAUCAAGAUCCUCCAUUCUUUUCAUGCUCUUCAAUAAGUGAGAGCUUUGUUCGCCCAGUCAAAGCAUAUAUCAUGUCUGCGAAUUGCAAGGAGAAGGGAACUUUGCAGGCGCUAGAGAGCAUGCUCGUUGAGGUUGCCAGGAUACGUCUCCAUGGGUUUUCAGAGAGGGAGAUAGCCCUCGAACGCGCAUAUUUGAUGGCCGACAUCGAGUCAGCUUAUCUUGAGAAAGAUCAAAUGCCCUCAACCAAUCUAAGAGACGAAUACCUUCAGCAUUUUCUUCGGGGUGAGCCAAUAUUGGGGAUUGAUUACAAAGCUCAGCUCCAGAAGACGUUAUUGCCAGAAAUCACCGCUGCAGAGGUUACAAAGAUCGCAGAAUGUUACCUGAGCAAGAAUAGCUGUGUCGUAAAGACAGUGGAGCCACGAGCACGGGUUACUCAAGAAGAUCUGAAAGCUGUCCUCUAUAAAGUCGAAGCUCUUGAAAGUAGGCGAGAUAUCCCACCAUGGGACGAGGAGCUUAUACCCGAUGACAUCGUGGAGAAGAUACCCGCAGCUGGGUCAAUUGUAACGAGCACGGAGUUUCCAGAAUUCAGUGCUACGGAGCUUAUAUUGAGCAAUGGGAUGAGAGUAUGCUACAAAUGUACAGAUUUUCUCGAUGACCAGGUUCUCAUCCAUGGUUACACUUACGGCGGGUUAUCGGAAGUCUUGGAAAGAGAUUUUUUAUCGUGUUCAAUGGGCUCCCUAAUUGCCGGUGAAAUAGGCGUGUUUGGUCACAAGCCAUCGACACUGACCGACAUGCUUGCCGGGAAGAGAGCAGAGGUCGGUACGAAGGUCGGUGCUUACAAGAGAACCUUUUUUGGUGAUUGUUCUCCUUCGGAUUUGGAGAUUGCGCUCCAGCUGCUGUAUCAACUAUUUGUAACUACUGUACAACCAGGAGAAGAAGAAGUAAAAUUAGUGAUGCAAAUGACUAGAGAAGAAAUUAAGGCCCAGGAAAGGGAUCCCUUCACUGCCUAUGCCAAUCGUGUUCGGGAGCUCAACUAUGGUAAUUCUUAUUAUUUCAAGCCUGUUACUGCCAGAGACCUUAAUAAGGUCAACCCAAAGAAAGCCUGCGAGUAUUUUGACAACUCUUUCAGGGAUCCCUCGUCGUUCACCGUUGCGAUUGUUGGUAAUAUUGAACCAGCGAAGGCCGUGCCCCUGAUCCUUCGAUUCCUGGGGGGCAUACCAAAGCCCGAAAAGCCAAUUAUGGAGUUUCAACGGGACGAACUCAAAGCGUUGCCAUUCACCUUUCCUGAUGGAGUAAUUAGGGAAGAGGUCCGGCGCCACAUGGUUGAGGCACAAUGCUCUGUACAAAUGACAUUUCCUGUGGAGUUCAAGGGGCCCCGUGUGAUGGUCGAAGUGCACUUUACUGGCUUUAUAUGCAAGCUAUUGGAAACGAAAAUCAUGCAAGUGCUCCGUUUCAAGCACGGCCAGGUUUAUUCAGUUUCAGUGUCAGCUUUUCUCGGCGGAAGCAGACCUUCUCGAACGGGAAAUGUCAGGGGUGAUGUUGCUAUCAACUUUUCUUGUGAUCCUGACAGUGCAUGGAAGCUGGUUGAUUUAGCUCUGGACGAAGUUUCUCGACUUCAAGAAGAAGGUCCCACACAAGAAGAUGUGGCAACUGUGCUGGAGCUUGAGCAGCGGACCUAUGAGAAUGGGCAGCAGGAGAAUGGAUACUGGUUGGAUCGGCUUUUAAGGGCGUAUCAGUCCCGUGUUUACACUGGUGAUCUUCAGGCAUCAUUUCAGGCACAAGAAGAAUGGCGAAGUUCAGUAAGGUCAACAUUGACACCAGACACAAUGAAAGACGCACUCUGUAGAAUACUGCCAGUUCCUUGCAGAUCGCAUCAUACAGCGGUGGCAUUAAUGCCUAAAGCAGAUCGCAUGACGCAGCUGAGGGAACUCUUUUCCAGACCGGAAAAACGCCUGAAAAUGGAAAGCAAGAUGCUGCUCGCUACUGCAGGAGUUCUUGUGCUUGCAGCUGUAGUAUGGCGUUACUCUCAAAGGUCAUCGUGAUACAACCUCAUCAUGAUAGGACCCCUUAGGUAUCGACUAUUGUUGUACAGAUGAUUGUUUGCACCAGCCAUUCACAAUUGAAGUCUUCUUUCCUAGAUUAGUUCUUACUCAAUUUUGCGAAGUUUUUCCUCUGGGUGCCCUUGGUUAUCCCACCCAUGUAUAUAUUGAGGAGCCCAGAGUAAUGUACAGCAGUGUACGGCUGUGACGACAUUGUCUUGUAACGAGUUUGUCAACAAGCAAACAGAAAGAGUUUGGGCACAGAUUCACGACUUUGUACAUUGAAACAUGGAAUCUUAUCGCUAUGUGAGGUACGAGAGUAUACAUCGGGAAUCCGCAUGUAUGGAAACUGAAAUGGACAUUCUGAAUACUUCAGGUUGAAAAACAGAAUCUUGUAAAUUGACACGAGUUAAUUGUACGUCAAAAUAUUGC